AUUUUUCCUCUUUCUCUCUUUUUCUGUCUAUUUCUCUGCCUCUGUUUUUCUCUUUCUCACCCAUGUAUUUUUCUCAAGAGUUACUUCGUUAGAAAAUCGUGAGAUAGGUAUAUCUUAAGAUCACAAGUAUAGUUUAGAUUUAGAAAAUUCAGAUAGUGGGAGAUCGUGAGAGUGAAACAGAAAUAGGUUAUUCUUCUUUCUUUGUGUAAAUAAAUCAAAAACCGGAUCAAUUUUCAAAAGAAUGCAUCCUGCAUUGAAAACUUUUUGAAUUAUCAAAUACAUUGGUGGUAAAUUUUCAUCAUGGAUUCAAAUGUGAACAUAUUCAGCAAUUCAGAAGAGAAGAACGAUAUCACGAAAGAUAAAUCGCACAAUAUCGAAGUCUCGACGGAUUUAGGACAUCUUAUGAAAUUAGAACCAUUGGACAUUGAAUUCAAUGAUAUAGCUUAUAGCGUGCCUAUAGGAAAAAAAGGAUCUAAAGUAAUAUUAAAAGGAAUCAGUGGUCAAUUUAAAUCCGGUGAAUUGACCGCCAUUUUGGGUGCUUCCGGCGCGGGAAAAUCAACUUUAUUAAACAUUCUUGCUGGAUAUAAAUGCGAAGGAGCCACUGGUUCGAUAAACGUUAAUGGACAGCCGAGAGACGUGAAUGAAUUUAAAAAAGGUUCUUGUUAUAUAAUGCAGAAUGAUUUAAUUCAACCUAAGCUUACUAUCUAUGAAGCAAUGUGUUUUGCUAUCGAUUUAAAACUUGGCUCGAAGUUAACGAAAACAGAGAAAUCAGCAGCAAUAAAAGAAAUCAUGGAAAUAUUGAGAUUAACUAAUGCAAAAAAUACAGUUUCUGAAGAGCUUUCCGGCGGUGAAAAAAAAAGACUUUCGAUAGCUUUAGAAUUGGUUAACAACCCACCAGUAAUAUUUCUCGACGAACCCACCACAGGUCUCGACGAGGUAUCCUCGGCGCAAUGCAUCUUACUUCUUCAAAAAUUAGCAAAACGUUUAACGAGAACCGUAAUAUGUUCGAUUCACACACCAAGUGCAUCGAUUUUUUCUAAAUUUGAUAACGUUUACGUUAUGGCAAGUGGACAAUGCGUUUAUAGAGGAUCUUCCAAUAACGUGGUAUCGUUUCUUCAACAAAUUGGGAUUGAAUGCCCGAUUCAUUAUAAUCCAGCCGAUUUCAUCAUUGAAGUUUCGACAGGAGAAUAUGGACAAGACUACAUCGAACGAAUGAUCACUUACGUAAAUACAAAAUUACCAAUCUUAUCGAUAACACGAUCUACCAAAGAAUUCGAGCUUGAAAGAAAACAUCCUAGAAUUUCAUGGUACGAACAAUUCGUCACGUUAUUUAAAAGGAUGAUGCUGCAGUUGUAUAGAGACAGAAGAUAUGUAUACCUCAAGAUAUCUUUAAACCUCUUUACGGGUAUUAUGAAUGGUCUACUAUUUUUAAAUAUUGGCAAUGAUGGCUCAAAAACCCUCUUCAAUUUUGGUUUCUGCUUUAUCUGCUUGAUAGUCUUUCUUUACAUACCGAUGUUACCAAUAUUAUUACGCUUUCCUUCCGAGGUUCUUCUGGUCAAAAGAGAACAUUUCAACAGAUGGUACAACCUCAGUUCUUAUUACUGUGCUCUCUCUCUGUCUUACAUUCCUGUACAGUUUUUCAUAACAUUUAUAUACGUUUCAAUGGUUUAUACGAUCACUGGACAACCUCUCGAGUUACCUAGGAUAAGUAAAUUUUUUGCUAUUUGCCUCCUUUGUGCUUUCAUCGCUGAAAGUAUAGCUCUAUCUAUUGCCUCUACAUUGAGUAUGGUGAAUGGUAUGUUCAUUGGACCAACAAUAGCAGCUCCUUUAAUGUUACUCUCUGUACAAGGCAUGGGAGAUCCCGAACCAAUGCCUAUUUAUCGCACAAUAGUAAUGUAUUCAAGUUAUUUAAGAUAUGGACUGGAAGGACUCAUAGUAGCAACCUAUGGCUAUAACAGAGAAAAACUGCCAUGUCCAAUAGAAGAAAUUUAUUGUCACUACAGUGUACCGAAAGAAUUAUUGCGAACAAUGAAGAUGGAGCAUACCGUUUUUUGGAUAGAUAUGACAGUCCUUAUAAUCAUUCUUAUUAUCCUGAAAGCAAUUACAUUCUACUUAUUGAGACAACGAAUACAACCAAAUAAAACUUUUCAAGCUCUCCAGCUCAUUGGACGGAUAGUAAAGAAUCGUUUUAAUAGUACCUGAUGACUAGUAAUUUUAGUUUUCAAUGAUGUUAACUUGAAAAUUUACUUGUAUUAUACUACUAUUAUAUUUUGUAAUGGUAACCAAUCAAAA